AUCGAGUAAAUCGAACGCAAACUUUUACGUCAUACUUCAGAUGGUAUAUAAUGAUAAUAUCAGUAUAAAUAUUUGUUAAUUUAUUGAUCGUUGUCUACAAUUGGAGUUUCAGUGAAAUAAUUAUACAAGGGAUCAUUCAUUAUGGAAAAUAUUAAGAAAGAAGAUAAACAAUAUGGUUUAAUCAUACCUAAAAAACAACUCUCUGCACCAAAAGCAAUAAAUGUAUUUGGGGAUGAGGAUACUUCUGAUGAAGAUGAUGGCACUGAUUGGGUUAGGAAAGCUCUUAAAGCAGAAAGUGAAAAAAACAAAAUGAAAAAGCAAACUAAGCUUAACAUGCAAAAAGCAUUAAAAGAAGAUCCAACUAUCUAUCAAUAUGAUGAGGUAUAUGAUAAUAUAGGAGCAAAAAAUCAAGUUAAGACAAUAAAAGUUCAAGAAAAGAAACCAAGAUAUAUACAAAAUUUCUUAAAAGCUGCAGAACGAAGAAAAAAAGAACAAGAACAUAGGAUAGAAAGAAUGGUACAGAAAGAAAGAGAGGCUGAAGGAACAAUGUAUGCAGAUAAAGAAAGUUUUGUAACAUCUGCAUAUAGAGCAAAAUUAGAAGAAUUCAAAAAAAUGGAGGAGGAAGAAGCUAAAAUGAGUAGAUUGGAAAGUAUUGGUGAUGUGACAAAACAACAAGAUAUGUCUGGAUUUUAUAGACAUUUAUAUAAACAAACUGUUGAAAAUAUAGAAGAAGUUGAAAAAAUUCCAAAAAAUGCAGAAAAUAGUAAUGUCACAUUAGAAGCAGAAAAUGUAAUUAAUAAUGAAUUUUCUACAGUAGCAAAUGAAAAACAUGAAAAAAAAUGUAAUGUAAAAAAAAGUAAAAAAAGUAGGCAAUAUAGACAAAGGGUUAUUGAAACGUAUGAAAGUGAUAAUGAAUUACAAAAAGAAACUGAAUCUUGUAACACAAAUAAAAGUAUAAUUAAUAUAAAAGACAAAAGUAUCAGUAGCUCCGAUAUUAAAGAGCCAGAUAAAAAGAAACAAAAAUGUGAAAUACGAGAUAUUCAAACUAAUACUCUGUCUAAUUUAAUACUUUCAGAUGAAAAUAAAGACGAUAUAAAAGAUUCUGAAAAAAUAUCACAGGAUAUUGAUGAUAAAAAAUUCAAAAAUAAAGAAAAUAAAGAGAACCAAGUUGAAAGCGCCCAAAAGAAAGAAAGAUCUUCAAUUUGGUUAAAGAGAACAGUUGGUCCUAUAUUUGAAGCAGCUUUACAACGAUAUUAUGCUAGAAAAGCAAUACGGAAUACUGGAACACAAUAAGACAUUAUUGUUAUUUUGAUAUCUUUAUAAGUUCAUAUAUAUUUUAAAAAAUUUAUUGAUAAAUUUAUAUUCAAUAAAUUAAUGCUACAUAGAACAUAAAUAAGUUCAAAAUAAAUCAUUUCUACUUAGAA